UUUUCCCAAUCCCCAAAUUCGAUUUCAUGUGAACUAUGUUUCCGCAACAAUAUGGAUUGAAUGGAAACCAGGGUUUCUCGGCAUUAGUUGGCAUUCCCACAAACAAGCCCCUACUCCUCCUUAUCCCUGGAUAAGCAUAUUCGUCCUUCACCAUUCACUAUUCACAUCUUCUACUUGUCGAACAGGUGAAGCAAUGGAUGGCGAGCACCCAAGCAGUGGUGACCGUUCGAGGACAAGUUGGACACCACCAAUGGAUCGUUACUUCAUUGACCUUUUAAUAGACCAAGCACAUAGGGGGAAUAGAAUUGGUAACUUAUUCAGCAAACAAGCAUGGAAAGAUAUGAUUUCCUUGUUCAAUGCAAAUUUUGGAUUUCAAUAUGAUACAGACAUUCUGAGAAACCGGUACAAAAGUCUGAGGAAGCAAUACAAUGACAUAAAGAUCCUUCUUCAACAGAAUGGGUUUUGGUGGGAUGAAACCCGACAAAUGGUAGUGGCUGAUGAUUGCAUCUGGAAUGAUUACAUCAAGGCACACCCAGAUUUGCGACCUUACAAAACGAAAAUUGUACCGUUCUAUAAUGAUUUGUGCAUGAUAUAUGGACAUUCAAUUGCUGAUGGAAGAUACAGUCUAUCAUGUCAUGAUGUUGACAUUGACUUUGAAGAGAAGGAGAUCGAUACCCAACCCCCUGCCAGUGAUGAUCGUUCAAAGAUUGAUUGGACACCGACAAUGGACAAUUACUUUGUUGAACUCAUGCGAGACCAGGUGCAUAAAGGGAAUAAGAUUGGUAACACAUUCAAGAAAAAAGCAUGGAUGCACAUGAUCACAUCAUUCAAUACGAAAUUUGGAUUUCACUAUGAAAAGGAUGUCCUGAAAAAUCGGUACAGAGGUUUGAGGAGGCAAUACAGUACUAUAAAGGUUCUUCUUGGCCAAAGUGGGUUUGGCUGGGACAAAUCACGGCAAAUGAUUUUUGCUCAUGAUAACGUUUGGGAUGAUUAUAUCAAGGCACACCCGACUGUGAGAGUGUACAGAAAUAAAAUCAUCCCAUACUAUAAUGGCUUAUGUGUGAUUUGUGGAGAUGCAACUGCUGAUACAGAGCAAACUCAUCUGGAUCACGAUGUAGAUCUUGACAAUGACGUCCAUAGGAAUGAAGAAGUAUCAUGGGAUCCCCAACCUUUGACAUUGCCUAUUUGUGAUGAAAAUCCUGUGGAUAAUACACUACAGGAUUCGUUACAUUCAGGGAGGGAAAUGGACUCGUCUGAACAAAGUAAGCGUCAAUCCGACAUGCCAUCAACCUCUCUACAUUCUAAAAAGCCAAGGAGGACCUCAGAUGAAGGUAUGGCAGAUGCUCUUCAUGAGAUGGCUGUCACAGUUGCAUCAAUCUCAAGUAAGAAGAAAGAGAAUGAUGACUCCAUUUUAACAGAAAAAGUAAUUGAAGUUCUUCAGGCCAUACCAGACAUAGAUGAAGACCUCUUACUGGAUGCCUGUGAUCUUUUAGAAGAUGAAGUAAAAGCAAAGACAUUUUUGGCAUUGGAUGCUAAAUUACGAAAGAAGUGGUUGACGAGGAAGCUUCGUCCAUAGUGUUCUUAUUGUAUGUCAGUUUUGGAUGUCUAAGAUCUUUUGACUGCAGUAAUGUACAUUGUUUUUUAGCCAUGCAUGUAUAGGUGCAUCAAUGUGAUCUCUUGUUGCAGGCUUUGGAUAUUUGUGAUCUGUC